GGGCAGAGUGGAAGGGGAUACUGAGGGGGCAGAUAAUGAGGGCAGAGUGGAAGGGGAUACUGAGGGGGCAUAUAAUGAGAGCAGAGUGGAAGGGGAUACUGAGGGGGCAGAUAAUGAGGGCAGAGUGGAAGGGGAUACUGAGGGGGCAGAUAAUGAGAGCAGAGUGGAAGGGGAUACUGAGGGGGCAGAUAAUGAGGGCAGAGUGGAAGGGGAUACUGAGGGGGCAGAUAAUGACAGCAGAGUGGUAGAUACUGAGGGGGCAGAUAAUGUGGGCAGAGUGGUAGAUACUGAGGGGGCAGAUAACAGGGGCAGGGAGAGGGAUGACAUGAAGGUCCCAGUUGCAGUGGGGGAUGUGGACGUGGAACAGAUCUCCGAGACGUUGCUCACAGGCUUAGCUGGGAUUGUGACUUGGGUGAGGAGAUGGUGGAUCUCUGGGGAGGAGGCUACAGACCUGGUACUGGAUCCAAUCACUGCAGCCAAUGAUGUGUCGGUAUCAGAGGACAGGAAAUACGUAUGUUCUUCUGAGACGACCCAGUUUCACCCAGUAGGACCCGGGAGAUUUGAGUCGUAUCAGGUUUUGAGCACCAGGAGUUUCUCCUCGGGGCGACAUUACUGGGAUAUGGACGUGAGCGAACUGUGGGGCUGGUUUGUGGGGGUGGCCUAUCCCAGUAUAGACAGGGGGGGAGACCAGUCCAUUAUUGGGAAUAACAAGAAGUCCUGGCAUUUAGGGUUAGACCUAAUGGAUGAUAACUAUUCAGUGCGACAUGACUGGGUAGAUACAGAGUUGCCCUACAGCCCUUCCUGUUGGAGAAUUCGAGUCUUUUUGGACUAUGAGGCCGGACGCCUGUCCUUCUAUGAGCUGAGUGAGCCAAUCAGGCACUUACACACCUUCUCCGCCUCCUUCACUGAGCCCCUCCAUGCCGCAUUCUGUAUAGGGAGGGGGUGGGUCAGAAUCAUAAGUUAGUCCCUCGGCCCUAGUAUGGGUCCAAUGGGCCAUGGAACGUGUGUAUGAGCUGAGUGAGCCAAUCAGGCACCUACACACCUUC